AUGAGCGCCCAGCCACAAUCACCUCCCCCGGAGUCAGACCACCAAGACCCUGCGUCUGAAAAUGCGGAAGAAAUCGAUAACCCGGCACUGGACCUGCUGUCUCUUUCGCGCGCAGUCAAAGCGAGAAAGGCAGAAUAUACUCGUCGGCGAAACAUCCGGGUCAAGAUCGGCACCUGGAACGUAGCAGCCAUUUCCGGCACGGAGAAAGACAUCGGGAAGUGGUUUGUUGAAGGGGCAGGGGUCUGUGAGAAGCUUUCUGGAGUGAAGAAGCCGAAAUCCCCCGAGUCUCAGUCUGCAGACGGGGAGUCAUCUACGAGCCAGCCUGAUCUUGAUGAUCAGCAGAACAGCGGGGAAUCGGCAACACCUCUUGAAUCCAGCCCGGAGGAGAUAGAUCUCUACGUGCUCGGUUUGCAAGAGAUCGUCGAUGUCUCCUCUCCGGCUGAGGCACUGCGACCCUAUGUUGAUCCGGCGCCAUCAAACCGUUGGAAAGAGGCGAUUCACAAGGCGCUGCCUCCAGGAUACCAGCUGGUUGCCGAGACCCAGCUGAUUGGUCUAUUGCUUCUGAUAUAUGCCUCUCCUGCAAUUGGAGAAAACGUCUCUUCUAUCAGCAGCAAUGCCAUCGGCACGGGCCUGAUGGGGUACAUGGGCAACAAGGGUGGCGUUGUGACGCGAAUUGUCUUGGGUGAGACGACACGCUUGGUCUUUGUGAAUUGCCAUCUCGCAGCAGGAUCCGACAAGGGCAGCCUGGAGCGUCGCAACUGGGACGCGUCUCAAAUUGUCUCGCGUGCUCGUUUCGGGGGAGUUGACUCGGAACGUGGACCACAACACGAUUCCACCGAAGGGAUCGGACAGGAAGAUUUCACUUUUUGGUUUGGUGAUCUCAACUACCGGCUUGAUGAUAUACCCGGCGACGAUGUGCGUCAGGUCCUUGCUCGACACACCGUCAACGCCUAUGAUACAGCGCGCCAGGCUCAGCAAAAGUCUGGCAAUCACCAAGAUCACCAUAGUCAGCCUUCAGAUCAGAAGCCUCCAUCGCCCAAGAUACCAGACGAGAGGACUGAUCCGGUAACUGAUGAGGAGAUUGACCCUCGUAACGAUCCUGCGUCUCUCCAAACCGCGAUCUCAUCUCUCCUUGCACAUGACCAGCUACUCAUCCAGCAGAGAAAGGGGACAGUCUUCCAUAAAGGGUGGCGUGAAGGCGAGAUUUCAUUCCUGCCGACUUACAAAUAUGACAUUGGGAGUGUGGCUAUGUUCGAUUCAAGUGAGAAACACCGCGGUCCCAGCUGGUGUGAUCGGAUCCUCUUUCGAACCCGACGAGACAUGAUGAAGCACGAGCAGCUCGACCGAGAAGCCGAACUGGCUCGGAAAAGAGACGAAGAGAUGCAUAGGCGCGGGUUGGAUAAGGCGGUCGCCGAUGACAACGUCCUCUUUGAUUAUGAUCCCGACGUCGACGGCGCGAAUAGCGCCGACGAAUACGUGUCAGAUGAGGAACAAGCCGACGAUGCGGCAUCGCUUGAAUCGCAGGAUGCAUCCCAAGACUUGAUUCACCUGGACCAUUACGUGUCACACCAGGGCAUUCUGUCAUCGGACCAUAAGCCUUUGGACGCCGUUUUCACGUUGACCUUUGAUGCCGUCAAUCCCCACCUCAAGGCAAAGGUCCAUCAAGAAGUGGUUCGUGAAUUAGACAAGGCUGAGAACGAGGCUCGACCUGGUCUUACUGUCGUGGUGGACACCCAUGGCGAUGAGAAUCAAGACACUAAGGAUCCAAACGCUGUCGACUUUGGCAAUGUAGCAUUUGAUGUGCCGGUCCACCGGUCUCUGACCAUUGCCAACACUAGCGGUGCCUCGGCCACUUUUUCUUUUGCAGAACGACCUAGUAUGGUGGACGAAUCUAACCCCGAAACGCCCUCAUGGAUUGAUAUUAAGAUUGACCGGCCGUCCGAAAACCCAGCCAAGGAUCAGGCGAGCGGUCUUUCAUCAGCGCGACACACAUUGCUUCCUGGAGAGGUGGCUAACGUUGAUAUCACGGCACAUGUUCAUGACAUCCAGCAUGUUCGCCUGCUGAAUUUGAAGAAGGUCAAAUUAGAAGAGAUUAUGGUUCUUCAUGUGGACAGCGGCCGUGACCACUUCAUUUCUCUGACGGGACACUGGCUGCCGACCUGCUUCGGCUGUAGUGUGGAUGAACUGACGCGCAUGCCCGAGGCAGGUGCUCGCAGCAUGGCAUCAGCCGAAGGACCUGGUCCGGCAAAGGGGGAGACUGAAGUCCGAUUAUCAGCACCUCGGGAACUUUUUCGAUUGACCGAGUCGAUCUCCGAGCUGACGGAACGCGCUGUGGCCGAGUGGAGCAUGACAAAGGGCGAUGCGGAAGAAGACCAGGCGCCGUGGACAAAAGACCCCAAUGGAGCAGCAUGGCCCUUCCAGCCCGACACAUGGAUUUUCCCAAACUCGCAUGAACGCGCGCCCCUACUUGCUAUGGUCCGUGAAUCUCUCGACACCAAUGAAUCCCUCACAUCUGUCUUUGCGCCAGAGAUCCCCUCGUUCCUCCGACUAGAGAUUCUCUGCGAAACUCUCUUGACCUUCCUCAACUCCCUAAGCGAUGGUAUUGUCACUGCAUCCGUGUGGCAGAACAUGGAGCAGCAGAUGAUCGCGCGUGAAAGAGCCAAAUAUCCACCUCGAUCUUGGGAAGAGACCCAAGCCUGGGUGCUCGAAAGCCUCGCUUAUUCGCCCGCACAUAGUGUCUCAUUCACCUUUGUCACGUUCAUGCUUGCUCGCAUUGCCAACGAAGUCGCCCCGGUACCAUCAUCCACAGGGGGCGCACCCUCCAAGAAUAGCAAGGAAGGCGGCUCAUCCAAAGAACAAUCCGCCGACCCCAAACAAUCUCAAGAAUCGAAUUCGAUAGGAGAUCGCCCAAAAUCCCAUCGUCCUACCCCGGCGUCGGCGGCCGCGUUCAUCGCUGCGGGCAGUUUCCGCCGCAAAAAUCGCUCCCCAACAUCAUCCACCGGCUCCGACGCUUCUACCAGCACCUCUCAAACUACUUCCCCCACCGUGGCCCGUCGACAGGCCGUUGAGGCGGCUUUCGCGGCAAUCUUCGCGCGCGUUCUUAUCUCCCCGGCUGCUCCUACUCCUGCCAAGGAAAAGGAGCGCCGAGCGUCUGACGAGCGGAGACGGGGUAUCAUCGAGCCAUUCUUGAAGAUGAUUGGAGUGGACGACCGGGGUCCAUCCGGUGGCCGUGCUUGA